CUAUGAACUUUCCCUUUCUUUAAUAUCCGUAAAUUCGUAAAGCUCCCAAGGGUAGUCCAGUCAUUUAGUUCUGACACACUGGACUUAACAACCCUAUCCAUUUAGAAACAGAAAAAAAAGAGGAAAGGACGAAAACACACCUGCGCUAGUCUCUCUGUUCAGAACUCUUUCUAUUUCUUUCUCUAGAAUUUGCAUAGACAGUCUCUCCGUACUCUGAUACAGAAUCUUUGAUAGGACGAAAUUGCCCUUCACGUACCUUCAAAAUUCCCAAACUCACCCGUGGAUAGAGAUUCUAUAUCUCUAGUCAAAGAUCCUCUCUCUCUACUUGCAACUGACUAAAAUCAUUUUUCUCUCUGUCCGUACAAAAUUUCCUUGCGAUUUCUUUGUUCAUGGAAACAGCGUGAGUUUUUGAAAGGAAAAGAAAAAGAAAGAAAGAAGAAGAUAGAAAUAAAGAAAGAAACAAAGAAAUGGAUUUAACAGAAGGAGUAGGAGAGAGCUCGUCUCCACCGAGGAGUUGCUUUGGGAGUUUCAGUAACUACGAUGUGAAAAACGAUGUGUUUAAUCGGUUGAUAGAGAGUGGUCACCAGGAUGCUGUUUCUAAUCCUGACUUGUUUCGUGAACUGCUUGAUUCUCAUUUCAAUCGCUUGCCUCCUAGUUAUGGGUUUGAUGUGAACAUGGAUAGAGUAGAGGAUGUUCUGUUACACCAAAAACUUCUUGCAUUGGCUAAGGACCCGGAGAAACGUCCCGUUUAUCAUAUUCGUUUUCUAGAGAACCUCGGCGCUAGAUCCGAUGAUGGUGAUGACCAACAAGUUUUGAACGUUAUUUCUCCUGGAAGGCCAGAUUUUGAUGCAGAUAAUGGAGCUGUGCCAUCAAAUAAGAGAAUCAGGGAUUCCGCAAUUGACUUUGAGCCCUGCUCUAAGCUCGAGGAUCUAAAUUUGGAUGUUAGAAAGACUUCCAAGGGGGUGGAGGAAACAUAUCAUAUGGAAAAUGUUUCCAGAAGACAAGAAUUUGUACCUGUUCCAAUUCAUGAAGUUAUAUUUUCCACAGUUGACAAACCAAAGCUUCUCAGUCAGGUACAAAGUAGGGAAGGAGUGUGCAACCUUAAGCCCUCUGCAAAUUAUCUGAAGCAACUUGCAAUAUUUCUUUCUGCUCUGCUUUCAGAUAUUGGACUUAACAUCCGUGAAGCACAUGUUUUCUCAACAACUGACGGCUACUCUCUGGAUGUAUUUGUGGUGGAUGGAUGGCCUAUACAGGUAGAUACAGAUGGUUUGCUUGAGGCUAUGGGGAAAGCAAUUGCUAGAAGUGAGGGGUCAUGGUCUGGUUCUUCACAUUCUCAUUCAGCUAUGAAUAAAGCUUUAGCAGCAGCAGCGAGAUCUGGAGAUUGGGAAAUAGAUAGACGAUUAAUAAAGAUAGGAGAAAGAAUUGCAUCUGGUUCUUGUGGAGAUUUGUAUCAUGGAGUUUACUUUGGUCAAGAUGUGGCUGUUAAAGUUCUUAGAUCUGAGCAAUUAAAUGAUACUCAAGAAGAGGAGUUUGCUCAAGAAGUUGCAAUCCUAAGGCAGGUCGAACAUAGAAAUAUUGUUCGUUUUAUUGGUGCAUGUACGAAGUCUCCACAUUUAUGCAUAGUAACAGAGUAUAUGCCUGGUGGAAGUCUCUAUGACUACUUGCAUAAAAACCAUAAUGUAUUGAAGCUUCCUCAGUUGUUGAAAUUUGGAAUAGAUGUUUGCAGAGGAAUGGAGUAUUUGCAUCAGAACAAUAUAAUUCAUAGGGAUCUGAAGACAGCAAAUUUGUUAAUGGACACUCACAAUGUUGUCAAGGUGGCAGAUUUUGGAGUUGCUCGGUUCCAGAAUCAAGAGGGUGUAAUGACAGCAGAGACUGGGACAUACAGAUGGAUGGCACCUGAGGUUAUAAACCAUCAACCAUAUGAUCAAAAAGCAGAUAUAUUCAGUUUUGCUAUUGUACUGUGGGAACUUGUAACAGCCAAGGUACCGUAUGAUACUAUGACUCCACUACAAGCUGCCCUGGGAGUAAGACAGGGGCUGCGGCCAGAUCUUCCUCAGUAUGCACACCCGAAGGUAUUACACUUGAUGCAGAGAUGUUGGGAAACCACUCCUACUGACCGGCCAUCCUUCUCUGAGAUAACAGUUGAACUUGAAAUGCUUUUACAGGAAGUUCAGGUAAAGUUCUUUCAACACUUCAACCACCCUCCACCGCAAAAUUCGAAAUAGCUAUACUUCCUAUACAUCUAAUCGGGCGUUCAUUUGUCAGGAAACUAAGGAUGCAUCAAAUGGCAGCUGAAACAAUGCUGUAUGCAUAUACGCAAUAUUCUAACAGUUACAUUUUGAUGAUUCUCUCUUUUUUUUUUUUUGGUUGUUUCAUCAAAAUAGUUAACAGAGUUCUAUGUACAACCGAGGGAAAAGAUUUUACGAAGGAUGACACACUACAAUACUAAAGGAACAAUGUCCGUGAUUUUGUAAUUUUUUUUUUUUUAAAUUCUUCCACAAAUAUCGGCUUCUUAUAGAGGAUUCAGAUUUAUUCCACGCAGUUGUAAAGCUUUUAAAUUGUGACGCAUGUUUUUGUGCACUUAGGCCUUCAAAAUUAGGGUUUUGCCUAUUUCUUA